AUGAACGAGGAACUGACAGUAAUUAAAAAAAAAAUCGACGGAUGUUUGAAAUUAAAAAAAUACGAAGAAGCAGUGUUGCAUUUAAGUCAUGCUAUCAAAUUGGAACCUCAUAAUCAUGUACUUUAUAGUAAUAGAUCCUUUGUUUUUCUUGAAAUGGAACAAUAUUACUUAGCAUUAGAAGAUGCCAACAAAGCAAUAACGUUAAAUCCAAAAUGGGCUAAAGGGUAUUUUCGCAAAGCCGAGAUAGAAUUUCAGACAUUCAAUUAUAAUGAUGCGUUGCGGUCUUAUAAAAUAGCAUUGGCUUUUCAACCAAAUGAUCCAUGUUUAGAAGAAGCCAUACAUAAAACUAAAGUUGCUUUAAAAAAAGAAAAAGGAUCAGAAGAACAAAUUCCUUGGAUAGGUGCAGCAUUGGGUAUUAUUGCUGGUGCAACAAUUAUUAUUUCCAGUCAAAUAUUCACCAACAUUCCAGUGUCAAGAGUAAAAUCCAAUGCUCAUGGUUUUAGUAAUUAUAGGAAUAGCAGUGAUUGGUUACUGUUUAGGAAAAGCUUUUAG